CAUGAUCAACAGGAUGUCACUAGCAACUUCCUUGGAGCAAUGUGGUUGAUUUCAAUAACUUUUCUAUCCAUUGGGUAUGGUGACAUGGUACCUAAUACAUACUGUGGGAAAGGAGUCUGUUUACUCACUGGAAUCAUGGGUGCUGGGUGCACUGCACUGGUGGUAGCUGUGGUGGCAAGGAAAUUAGAACUUACCAAAGCUGAAAAACAUGUGCACAAUUUUAUGAUGGACACCCAGCUAACUAAAAGAGUGAAAAAUGCAGCUGCCAAUGUACUCAGGGAAACAUGGUUAAUUUAUAAAAACACAAAGCUGGUUAAAAAGAUAGACCAUGCGAAAGUAAGGAAACAUCAACGCAAAUUCUUGCAGGCUAUUCAUCAAUUAAGAAGUGUAAAAAUGGAACAAAGGAAACUGAAUGAUCAAGCCAACACUUUGGUGGACCUGGCAAAGACUCAAAACAUCAUGUAUGACAUGAUUUCUGACUUAAAUGAAAGAAGCGAAGAUUUUGAGAAGAGAAUUGUUACUCUGGAAACGAAACUGGAAACUUUAAUUGGUAGCAUUCAAGCUCUCCCUGGACUGAUUAGCCAGACGAUCAGCCAGCAACAGAGGGAUUUCCUUGAGGCUCAGAUACAAAAUUAUGAUAAGCAUGUUGCCUACAGUGCUGAACGAUCACGGUCUUUGUCAAGAAGAAGGAGAUCAUCCUCCACAGCACCACCAACAUCAUCAGAGAGUAGCUAGAAGAGAAUAAGUUAACCACAAAAUAAAGACGUUUUGCCAUCAUAUGGUCAAUAUU